UUUAACAAACCAUUAUUUUAGACUUUGCCGCGCGACAGUGUUUGUAUGAUCUUCAACUCGUCAGCUUUAACUGUGCGGGAGGAAAGGUCAUCAUGUCCAAUGCUACAGCUCAAUCACAAGCUCUAAAUACUAAUGGCCAAAAUAUUUCAUCAAGCAGCCAAUUCCAUCCACGCAACUGGUCGAUCCUACAAGCUUUCUGUGGCGUCUCCGGUACUCUUCUGGUCAUCCUGGCCGCCCUGUCUAUUCUUACCAUCCUGACUAUGCUGCACCGCCGCAGCACCUUAUCCGGUUCCCGUAUCCUUCUUUUCCACCAGAUCACCAUCGAAACCCAGAUGACCUUAUUCUACUGGCCGGUCAACUCGCUCGUCCUGCAGUUCAUCUAUACGAAGUACUCCGCCACCGCCAACCGUUUUUGUCAGCAUUUCACCUACGGUUUCAUGAUCACCCUGACCGCCAUCUGGUGGGGACUGUUCUUCAUCGCCUUGAACCGGUUUAUCGCCGUAGCCCGGCCGCAUUCCUACGCCCGCUGGAUCACCCGACCGGCGCUGGCCGUGCAGAUUCUCGUUCCAUGGAUCAUCGGUAUCGCUUGCAUGAUGUAUCACUAUGUGGGCGGCGAUGGAGGAUUCCUCUUCGUGGAAAGCACACGCGCGUGUCAUGUACCGCAGGGAACGGGUCUCAAUGUAGCCAGUAUAUUCUACAGUUAUCUACCGUUGGUGCUUAUCUGGCUGUUGUAUAUCACAACGUUCUUAGUGGUCUGGCGCAAUAACCGACAAAGGAAAGCGCAGGUUACAGCCCAUGGGGAAGCGGUCCGGUCGGCGCCGGUCGCUCGGAGAGUGACCUUAGCAAAGAUGCUGUUUGCGGUGUCGGUGGUGCAUACCGUCUGCUUUAUCACCAUUCCCAUACUGUACAGUAUUAUGCCGGAUGUACCGCGUCGCUACCCGAUUGUACGUCAGUGGACCAAUUUGGUGACCUAUAUUGGGUACCUUUCCACGCCGAUAUCGGUCUUCAUAAUGAACAAGGACUAUCAAGACAGCGCUAAAGAGCUCUUAUCCGGCAAAUGGAGGACUACGAUAGCCGUAGCUUCGGAAAGACACGGACUUGAGAUAUCGUACAAUAAAAGUAUGCCGGCCUCCACACAUCCUAUCAGCCUGCCUGUCAGAAGCCAAAACUAAAUGCAUCGUUAUCCAGUAAAAUUAAAAGAAAAUUCUGAUUUUGAAUCUUAAUGUAGCGUUAAGAAGCUGGCAAUGCUUUGGUUUAGAUUAUCUAUCAUGUAUUUCAUGAAGAUUGCCGCUAACACAGAUGCUUACUAAGUUACUACACAACGGUGCGUUAGAUAACUUAGAUUCUAGGUGCAUGCAUGUUUGGACGCUGUCUAUACAAGUUAAGUUGACCGUGAAAUGCGCCUUUUAACAUUAUACGGAGCAAAUGUAAUCGCUCGCUUUGGAGUUUAUGGCAUAAUUUUCGAUAACCCAGGUGAGUAUCCACUGUGCACAGAAGCCAACGGACAUUGAAGAACCUCUACUCCUGAUUUAAUUCGUGCAUGCAGCCACGGAAGUAUUCCCGAUGAAUUUACCACAAAACGUUAUACUUUGAAUCGUACGGCAGAAUUCUUGCUGAUUUGGUUAAGUAACUGCAUUUUGUUAGCAUUCGCCGUACUGUAACAGAAACCAUUAUGAUAUUAUGAUGAUUCGUGUUGUGACCUUGGAUACGUGAUAUGCG